AUGAGGAAAUAUGGCGUCCACCACCGACUGUCCACACCUUACAACCCUCAGUCAAAUGGACAGGCUGAAGUGUCUAACAGGGAGAUUAAGGCGAUCUUGGAAAAGAUGGUGAACCCCACGAGGAGAGAUUGGAGUCGUCAACUGGAAGACGCGCUUUGGGCGUACAGGACCGCUUUCAAGACGCUGAUCGGAAUGUCCCCUUACCGGCUAGUAUUCGGGAAGAUGUGCCAUUUGCCUGUGGGAGUCGAGCAUCAAGCCUUCUGGGCAAUCAAAGAGAUGAAUCUGAAUGCUGAGUCCUGUACUGAAGAAAGGAAAUUGCAGCUGCAAGAGCUUGAGAAGCUCCGCCUUGACGCUUACGACUCUGUCAUGUGGUAUAAAGAGAGGACAAAAAUGUGGCAUGGCAAGAACCUUCGCAAGAAGGAGCUCAAGGUGGGCCAGAGGGUGAUGCUCUUCCAAUCGAGACUCAAGUUUAUGCCUGGGAAGUUAAGAUCAAGGUGGAUAGGCCCCUAUACCAUCAUCGCCAUACGAGCAAAUGGAGUAAUCAAACUCCAAGGGAGCGAUCCUGAUUCGCCUUCCUUUUUGGUGAAUGGGCAUAGAGUGAAGCCUUACAGAGAUGGAACCGAGGUUUGUAUGGUGGACCACAUUUCACUGCUCAUGCCUAACUCUCUCCAAUGA